CAAACUAAGAAGAAACAUCGAAUUUAUCUAUAUUUCUCCAAAUCCUAAACCCCCCACCGAAGUAUGUAUUUAUACCAUCGAUUAAUCAUGAAUUGAAUUCAUUGCCAACCGAUGUGGGGCCCUCACAAACCGAGGUUUUAUACAUGCAUCUCAGUCUUUGACUACUAGGAGCCGAUCCCUAAGCACCCGACAUGAGCCAUGACCAUUCGGACGUGUUAACCACGAGCGCGAAUUCAUUAUCCUCCGAAUCCGACGUAUAUCCCUUACACAAUGAAACUACGGUACUGGCAACGCCUACCCUGGAGUCAAUAUCGGAGAAAACGAUGGAGGCGAGCAAUCAUCACACCGCAACGAACAAUUCCGGCAACCAAACAAGCUCAUUAGAGUCUGAAGAUAGCCCAAGGUCCCGCAGUGCUUCAAAUUUUCAUGAAGCGGGGGCAGCUGCGAAUGAGGCUACUUUACGACAUGUUGGACCAAGUGAGUCGAAUGGCAACUGUGUCACUGCUAACAACUCGAAGGAUGUGGGCACUCCAACUAGUUACAACCUCAUAAAUAACCCGCCAAACCUCGCAAGAAUACGACAAGUAAUGUUUGAGUGCAAAGAUCCAAUUGAGAUUAGCCUCGAAGAAUUUGAAACAUACUGGCCAUACAUCGAUAAUGUGUGGGUUAAGCAAAGGUCCAACUCCAGCAAAGAAGGCCACUGCACAACAGACUACUAUAUGUGUCGUCUACGGCGCCCAACGCAUCGCACAUCUGAGACUCGGCCUCUACCAGAGGGUAAGCGUCCUCGGAAAAAGAGGGUACGUGAGGGUGGUAUCUGCAACUUUCAAAUUAAAGUUGUGCGCUUUGAAGGAGCCUAUUCAACGGUGACUAUCGCAAGGACACCUGGGAGUAGCCCCAUACACUCGCAUGACCUUGAUUACAUUGACAAGGUGAAGCGUAAUUCGGGGCUUAUGGAAUUCGCUCGUAAGGAGGCCAUUAAGGGAUACUUGCCGUCGUCUAUAUACACGAAAUUCCAGGAAGAACUUGAGAAGCUUAUCGAAGCAGGGGGAAAAUUCUGCACGGUCACGGACGUUCGCAAUGUCUCUGCGAAAUGGCGAAUACAAAACCCGGAGGUUAGGCUCAUACCUCAUGAUGGAUAUGAAUACCAGAAGGGCCAUGGCAUUGUGAGGAUAAGGGUUACUGAUGGUAACUGUAAAGCAUCAGCCAAUUCAACACCACCGAAGACGUAUCUGGAUUCACCCUUACCGCCAGACACACUCCUAUUUCCUCAGUUUCCUUUAGAUUUUCUCGAACCUUAUCUCCCAAGAUACGACGAGAGACGUCUGUUUCCGCACGUUACUUUGUCAUAUGCAUCCUCGAUGGAUUCCAAAAUAUCACUGCUCCCAGGAAUGCAGACGGUGCUUUCUGGGCCGGAGGCAAAACUGAUGACGCAUUACCUAAGGUCGCGCCAUGAUGCUAUUUUGAUAGGUGUUGGGACUGUGCUGGCUGAUAACCCGGGCUUGAAUUGUAGGCUGGAGGGUGCAGGUGGGUUUGGCGGUCUUGGACGAAUGUGGCAACCGCGACCGGUCAUAAUCGACCCAACAGGGCGAUGGCCCGUUCAUCCCGAAUGCAGAAUGCUGCGGACAGCGGUUGAAGGGAAAGGCAAGGCACCCUGGGUGGUUGUGUCACCAGGGGCCCAAAUCCACCCUCAGAAAUUGAUGAUGCUGAAAGGGUAUGGAGGUGACUUUCUCCGAAUAGUGGAGUAUAAUCAAAAUUGGCGUUUGCGCUGGGAAGCCAUUCUACGCGCCUUGGCUUCGGAGGGGGUCAAAAGUGUGAUGAUUGAAGGUGGUGGGACUGUGUUGAGCGAGCUGUUGAACCCCGAAUAUACGGAAUUCAUUGACUCUAUCAUUGUAACUGUCGCGCCGACAUAUCUGGGCAGUGGCGGGGUGCCAGUAAGUCCGGAUUCAAAGCGUGAUGAACAAGGAAAGCCCAAUGCUGCCCUCAACCCGAGGGAAGUGAAAUGGAUGCCGCUCGGACAAAAUGUUAUAAUGUGUGGAAGAAUCCGUGCUGUAACCACUGUUCAGGCUGGUGAAUCCAAUACUCACAGCCCGGGUUCGUGACACCUAUGCCUAUAUGGGAUCAACAUUAAGAACUUACCUCGGGGGUUAAUACAACUACUGGCUACCUAUAUUCAAAUGUGUAGAACACUUGUGCAUGGAUAGAUGUUGGAAACGGAGGUUCAACGUCGUGGGAUAAUGAUACUAAUGGUCAACUAUGUUUGUAUGAACUCAUGAGUUAUGCACAAUUUUCCAAUCCUCCGUAAAACUUGCUACCUGUAUAUAGAUGAGUCCGCGCCCCAAGCUUACAUAGACUACUUAGCGGCUCACCGAGUACACUCAGGCCUAUAUAGGUACAUGUUAAUAGAUACAAGGUUCCUGCUCGGAAAGGCUAGGUCAAGAAAGCAGGGAUUUUGGUUGGAGGUAUCAAAUUAUAUGUAAGCCGCAUGCAUGCUAGGUACCGUACUGACAAAUCUCUUGUUAGGGAGACUGAUGAUCAUCAGUUUAGAUGUACACUGGGUGGAACCUAAGUGCUAGCCCAGGGCCUGGUUAUAUGUAUAAAGCCAAGUACCAAAUGGUGGCAGAGUUUGGGAGUACAGAAUAGGGAUAUUUUAGUCUUUCCGUGGAUUUUGUGCGGAAUUGGGUCUUGAAACUACCUUUUAGUUGGGUACUUGGGGUCAGG